UAAGAAUAACAAACAACGUUAAAUAAGUUAAUUGUAAAUUACACAAAACAUAUUGUUAUUAAGCGGAGGCGCACACAGCGAAAAUGAAUUCCAAAGUCAAUUCGCUGGAGGAGAAAGUGAAACUGCCGCCCACGGAGACAAUAAGCCGUUGCUAUCAGCCGCAGCAGAGCAACCGUAAGGUCAUCCGCAUCCUCACCGUUGCCGUCUAUGUGCUGUGCGUCUCAUUGGCGGCCAUCAUGCUGUCGCUGUAUUAUAUAUUCAUAUGGGAUCCGACCAUACGACCCUUUGUUACCAAGGCCAAUCAGUGCGAUAAAAUUGUGAUACCCGAAAAAAUAGCCAUACGCCUACUCAACUCAUCGGAAGUCACCGCGGAGCAGUUCUACAGGCACAUCCUCGAUCAAUAUCGCAUCCUCAACCAUCUGCAGCAGCAGCGUCAGCAAUUCCUGCAGAAGCAGCAUCUGCAGCUGCAACAGCUGGAGGCAAGCAAUCGCUUCCAGGAGGUGUUCGCCACAGCGACCAUAAUCCAAGCACAUCCGCAUCCCCAUUCGCGUGAUCCACUCAAGAAGCUGCUGUCACCCGGCGCAUCGUCAUUAUCACAACAGAAUCACAGCGAUUCGUCAGCCUUUCGACUCGAGUCACCCGCUGCCAAUAUGGAUGUGGCAGCUGCUGCUGCUGCUGCGGUGCCACCGUCGCCACAUCACAUGCCCAUUGUGUUGGACACAUCGCCGCCGGGCGAUAUGAAUGCGAUGAGCAUGAUGCAUCUGAAGCGUAAGACACAUCGUGGCCACUACAAGCAUCAUCGAUCACGUGGCGGUGGCGGUGGCGGUGGCGGUGUCAGUGGCCAGAAGAAGCCCCUCAUUGGCAGCUCAUCAUUAGCAUCGACAACAUCAGCAGCAGCGGGAGCAGCAGCGUUCGCUUUGGGCGGGGAGCAAGCGACGCCAGCAACGCCACAUGGCUACAUGGAUACACCGCUGAAUCCGGCAGCGGGCACGAUAGUGCAACAGCCGCAGUUGCAGCUAUACACCUCGAUGCCCAUCCCAUUGAUACUGAGUCCCAGCAACAGUGAGAAGCGUCCCAUGCACCACAGUCACAGUCAUGUGCAUAGCGAGCGGCGGGGCGGCGGUGGCGGAGGCGGUGGCGGUGGCAACGGCGGUGGCGGUGGUGCGCAGGCGCGUCGUCGCACCACAACAGCAACCGUAUCGGGUUACGAUGCGCAGACAUAUCUCAAUCCCUUUCUCACCGGCGAGCUCAUCUUCGAGAAGUAAAUGUGAAGUGAAUUUACUUUCGGUUUUGUGUUUUUCGUUUGUUUUUUUUUUUUUUUUUUGUACAACGUUGGCCAAAGAUUUGUAUGUAGUUUAGCAGGACUCGAACUCUGUCAUAUCACCACAAACACACACACACACAUAAGCACGAGAGUUGUAAUCAGUUAUCAGUCGAUGAAGAGAUCUGCUUUGAUCUGCACCUAGUACAACACACAUACACACAAGAAAGCAUAACACAAGACGGCUUCAAUUGUUACCGAUAUAUAUCAUAAUAUAUAAAGAAAGAUAGAGAGAAAGAGAGAGGAAAAUAAAGAGAAAGA